GAGAUAGCGCUGCUGUAUUCAACCUUACGCACAUCUGCUAUGAGUAUAAUCAAUGUACAAUGUAUGAAUUCAUUAAUGUCAAACAUAUAUGGCACAUACGUAUAGGUAAAAAGAUGAAAAAUACUCCCAAGGUACUGCAUAAACCCACGUAAAGGAAACCUAGCAAAAAAAAAAUAAGAAACUUAUUUAUGUAUUAAAUAAUUAUUAUUAUUAUAUAAAACACACACACACAAUUACUAAGUAACAAUAAAAUUAAUUAUUUUUUAAAUUAAUUUUGAAAGUAAUUAUGGAAAAAAAAUCACAAUUAUCAGGUUAUAUCAUAAAAGUGAGCUGUCAUAAUAGAAAGUGAAUUGAAUAAUUCUUACUUAAUACUUAAUAAUGGAUGUAUUAAAACCAGAACUAAUAUGGGUAGAUGGAAGGUGUUAUAGAUUUUUUGAAAGUGAAGCUUGGAUAAAUAAAAGCAAUAUGGAUUCAUAUAUAGAAGAAGAUUAUCAGGCAGAUUAUACAGAUGAAGAAUCUUUUGAUCUUAAUUCUGAAAUAGUACCUCAUGGAGAAACAAAAUUCAAGAUUUCGUUCCAUGUUCCAAAACCAUUUUUUUCAUUCAUUGUUGGUUCCAAGAAUGCAGUACGUAAGAGAAUAGAAAUUGAAACCAAAACGAGUAUACAAGUUCCUAAGCCAGAACAAGAUGGAGAUAUAGUUAUAAUCGGAUCAGAUCAUAGAGGCAUUUUAUCAGCUCGGCGUCGAAUUGAUUUAAUCGUAGAAGUGUCUAGGAAAAAAUUAACUUCCACGCAUUUUCUGUCUAUACCAUUAAAUGUUCAAGGGAUUACUGAAAAUUUUAAUUCGUUUAAAAGUAAUGUCAUUCAAAAAUAUGGGGGAAUUGCUACUGGCAUUGAAGAAAUUCUUUUCCAGAAAGCAAGUAAAUUGCAUCUUACUUUGGGAAUGCUUACUUUACUAGAUGAGGGAGAAAGAAAGCAAGCAGUACAAACGUUAAUGGAUUGCAAACAACAUGUUAUUGACCCUUUCAUUGAAAAGCAUGGCUUAUUUACCAUUGAAAUAAAAGGUGUUGAUUGCAUGAAUGAUGAUCCAAGUGCUGUUAAAGUUCUUUACGGAAUAGUAUUUACAGAAAAUGAUGCAUUGCAAGAAUUAUCUAAUCGAAUUGUAGACUAUUUUGCAGAAAAGGAAUUAAUGCCAAAAAGAACCAAGGAUGUUAAACUACAUGCUACGUUUAUGAAUAUAUCGUACAGAAAGGAUGAAAACAAUGUAGUAGCGGAUAAAAAUAUUAACCAAUUAUUUGAUGCCACGAAAAUUAUGAAAGAAUAUAAAGAUAAAUUCUUUGGUAAAACAGAUUUAAAAGAAAUUCAUUUGUCUCAACGUAAAACAGCUACUGAGAAGAACUUUUAUCAAGCAACAGCUAAAAUUACAUUGGGGUGAGAGACAACAAUUAUAAAAAAGUAAAUUUUAUAUUAUACAUGUAAAUAUGUUUAAUUAUAAUAAAUAAUAUUCUAGCAAAUGUAAA